AUGGCAAACUCGGAGACGAAAAUUCCCAAAUUUCAAUUCAAGUCCCCGUUUGGUCUUCACGUGACGACGUAUGUGGGUGACAUCACUGACGCUGUGGCCGACGCCAUUGUGACACAAGAAGACAAGUUGAUGAAGCACGAGAGCUUCGUCACGAAGGCUCUCAUCAAACUGGACCCGCUGUUCGAGAUCGACAGAGAGGACAUGAAGAAGAAGCACCUGACCUUCCCCCUCUGGAACGUGCUGACCAAUCGGGCUAAAGACCAGGUCGUGUUCCACGCCUUCCUGUCCGCCUGCACGCCAAGUCAGACCAAACACUGGGUCAUCAACAUGAAGAAACUGUACGAGACGUUGUUCCGGGAGGCGGAGAAGAACGACAUCAUGGUGUUGGCGCUGCCGCUGCUGGGCGGAGGUGUGUCUAAUCUCGAGUUCGCUGUGCAAGUUGCUGUGACCUCUGUAGCGACCUUCAAACCGAAGACACUGACUGACGUGUUGUUUGUGUCCAUGGACGAGCAGCUGGUGGAUCAGAUUGCUGCUCUUUGUGAGUUCGAGUUCAGUGGGCGGCCUCAGAGCGACAAGACCAAGAGAACGGUGUCCUUCAAACUGGAUGAGGAUGAGGACGAGAAACCCAGAUCCAAGUCAAAGCAUAAAAAGUCCAAGUUCCGACGUGGUGGAAUCCGGCGUGGUACCAGAAGAGGCUCUGGGUCUUCUAUAGACAGUACUGGUUCUGACGAUCACGAGUGGUCCAGGAGUAGACACAAUAGAGAAAACCAAACAGUAACCAGAGAAAAUAAAGGAAAUCACAGAUCUAACAAGCAAUCAGGAACCAGGGAAAAGAACACAAAUAAUAGUCCCAAACAACGAGCAACUUCAAAUGGGCAUGAUUCCCAGUUAGAGGAUUAUAAUCCACCGAAGAUACAUUUUGGAAGAAGUUAUCUUGAUACAUUUGAUGCCUAUGACUUUACAGCUGAUGACACCAGCGAGACUGGUGGUGCAUUCCGGAAACCGAAGAAGUCAAGAUAUUCCCCAGCAUCAUCUGAUGAGGAUCAUCGAAGCGAUAAACCCGUGGUCCGUCCGUCGAUGAAGGGGACGAGAGUCAGUGUCGAUGGGAAGACUUAUAACAUGAACAUGAAGUAUGAAGGCGGCCCUCUACUCAAGUCAGCAGAGGAUGUCAGAGAGAAGGUUAUAGGACCUGGUAAGGAGAAUAAACCAUCUUUAGAAACACCACGGAAAGAACAAGCUGUGACGAAAUCCGUGAAGGUUGCAACUAAACCUACAUACAAACCGACAUAUAUUCCACUGCCCACAACCAAACCGUCUCAGGUUAGACAAGCAAAGAAACCUGCGGAACCCAAACCAGUGUUGCCUGUUAAGACUGACCAGUUGAAAGUGGACGACCCGGACACCCCGAGGAGGACGAAGUCCAGCGAGCUGGGAAGGACAAGGAAGAGGUCACAGUCGCUGGCAGCAAAGGUGGAGGAAGAGGCCCUCGAGCUGCUCCGAGCUCAACAUGAGAUGAACAAAACCAAAGAAAUCGUGCCUGCUAUCAAGAUCAGCACCGAGACCGACUUUCCAGACUGGACAGUGGGUAAGGGUCAUAGUCUCACCCCCGAAGCUAAUCCCCUGUCGAGCCAAAACAGAAGUUCCUGGAGUUCUGAUGAAGAGGAGGGUAAGACAGAGAAUCAGGGUGUAGACUGUCCUAUAUGUUCACGUGUGAUGAAGCACCCGAAAACGUUGGCUAAAUGUGGACAUGUAUUCUGUAGGAGGUGUAUAGACAAACAUUUCGCUAGUUACAAGCCUGUGUGUCCCACUUGUGACAUGGUGUACGGAGUCAUCAUCGGGAAUCAGCCAGAAGGGACGAUGGAGGUGGGUCUGGUGGAUGAUCGCUUGCCUGGCUACAGUAAAUACGACACCGUAGUGAUCACGUAUCACAUUCCUGACGGCGACCAAGGGCCUGCACACCCUGACCCGGGCGAGCCAUACACAGGGUUGACUCGGAAAGCCUACCUACCGAACUCGACUAAAGGAAUGGGAAUUCUGAGACUUUUAAGAAUCGCAUUUAAACGGAAGUUGAUAUUCACGAUCGUUCGUGCGACCUCAUCGGACCAGAGUUAUGUGGUGACGUGGGGCGACAUUCAUCACAAGACCAACAUGAAGGGCGGGGCGACCAGGUUCGGCUACCCAGAUGAGACGUAUCUGACACGGGUCAAGGAGGAUCUCGCCAGGAAGGGAGUCACAGAAUAGGAUCUCAAGUCAUAAACGUUAAUGUAUUUUAAUUAACAAAUAUAUGUUCUUCAAGCG